AUGGCAAGCACCAAUCCUGAAACCGUAAAACCCACGCCUGCACCGGUGGACAUGGCGAAUCCGGAGGAGCUUAAGAAGGUCUUCGACCAGUUCGAUUCUAAUGGCGACGGGAAGAUCUCGGUUGCUGAGCUCGGCGGCGUUUUUAAGGCCAUGGGGACUUCGUACACGGAGACUGAACUCAACCGCGUCCUGGAGGAGGUCGAUACCGAUCGCGACGGUUUCAUCAACGUCGACGAAUUCACGACUCUCUGCCGCUCGUCUUCAACCGCAACCGAGAUCCGUGACGCCUUCGAUCUCUACGAUCAGGACAAAAACGGACUCAUCUCCGCCGCUGAGCUUCACCAGGUCCUUAACCGCCUCGGGAUGCCCUGCUCCGUCGAAGACUGCUCUCGCAUGAUCGGGCCUGUAGAUGCUGACGGCGAUGGAAAUGUCAAUUUCGAAGAGUUUCAGAAAAUGAUGACGUCAUCCUCGCUCAUCAACGGCAACGGCGGAUCCGCUCCUGCUGCGGCGAACGGAGGUUCGGCCUAG